GUCCCUAGUAUUGAGUACAAAUCUCAGUUCUAGAAUAUUAAAAUUCACUCUUUUCACUUGCAGUUUCCGCAACUAAAAGGUUUCAUAUUUGGAGAAGAAACUAACACUUUUACCCUCUCUAAUGGAGAAAAUGUAACAAUAGUAAUUGGACCGACUCCUAUAGACACGGCUCACAUGCUAUCACGAUUACUCGACUCAAAAUUGGCCGGGGCCCUAGCGGAGACUAUCCACAAAGAAAUGAAGACAUGUUUGAAAGAGGAAGACAGAGAGAAAGUCAAACUCCUCAAAUAUUUGGAUGAAAGACAAUUGGGAGUCUGGAUUGACCCCUUAGACAGCACUAAUGAGUAUGUGAGAGGUGUCACUGGCUCCAGUAGUGAUGGACUCUAUUCCCAAUCUAUUCACUGUGUCACAACACUGGUGGGUGUUUUUGAUCGUAUCACAGGGAAACCACUAAUUGGUGUCAUCAAUCAGCCGUUUCAUUCUACUGAAAGUGAGGGGGUGUGGUGUGGGUGGAGUUUAUGGGGAAUCAGUGAGGAAGGUUUAAUUGGAAUGUCCUCACCUCUGACCCCUGUCAGGAAAGGCGAAAAUUUAAAUAAAAAAAUCUGUUUG